GUGGGCCGGUAGGCUGGGGUGGUACUGCCGAGGGGCAGGCGGUACCGUGCGCGACGUGUCCUGCGCUAGCGUCGCACUGUCAGUGGGGUUUUUUACUGUGCCAGUUUGUCAGUGCGAGGGGAAGGUCAGAGUUGAUGGUAUUUUGAGAGCUGACUCCUGCAGUUGCUCCGCACGUACCUUUCCCUUUUUGGUAUCUGAGCGAGUCGGGACACAGGACCCGUCCGGCUGCGUAAGAAGGGUAACUGGGACGCGGGGCAACUGUCUUGCUGGAGACGUGCGACAUAAGCUGAAGUCAUCGCAGAAGGACAAGAUCCGACAGUUUAUGGCCUUCACGCAGGCCGGGGAGAAGACCGCCGUGUACUGCCUGACACAGAAUGACUGGAAAUUAGAAGUGGCCACGGACAAUUACUUUCAUAACCCAGACCUCUACUAUAAGGAAUCCAUGAAAAACUCUGUGGAUCGGAAGAAGUUGGAGCAGCUCUACAAUCGUUAUAAAGAUCCUCACGAUGAGAAUAAAAUCGGGAUUGACGGGAUCCAGCAGUUCUGCGAUGACCUGACCCUGGACCCGGCUAGCAUGAGCAUCCUAGUGGUGGCCUGGAAGUUCCGGGCCGCCACCCAGUGCGAGUUCAGCAAGAAGGAAUUCUUGGAUGGCAUGGCGGAGCUUGGGUGUGACAGCACAGAGAAGCUCAAAGCAAUCCUGCCCAGAUUAGAACAGGAACUGAAAGAUUCUGGAAAGUUCAAAGACUUCUAUCAGUUCACCUUUAACUUUGCCAAGAAUCCUGGACAGAAAGGCUUAGACCUUGAGAUGGCAGUUGCCUACUGGAAUCUGGUUCUCAAUGGCCGCUUCAAGUUCCUGGACCUUUGGAACAAGUUUCUAUUGGAGCACCACAAACGCUCCAUCCCCAAAGACACAUGGAACUUGCUCUUGGAUUUCGGGAACAUGAUCGCCGACGAUAUGUCAAAUUAUGACGAGGAAGGGGCGUGGCCUGUUCUCAUAGAUGACUUUGUGGAGUUUGCACGACCGAUUGUUACUGGGUGCAAACCCAAAGCUGUAUAAUGACUGCCCAGCUCUGGCCCUAGCCUGUUUGUUCAGUUAUUAUUAUUUUAUUUUAUUUUUUUUUUGUCGUUUUUUUUUCUUUUUCGAAGACGGCGCAAACAAGGAAUGAGGAUUAAAAAAAAGAUUGAAGUCCUGAGACCAUCUGUCAAGAGAGAAGAUGGAGCCAAAACUACCAGACAAACCAAUCAGGGAAUACAGUGAGAGAAAAAUGAAGAGUUUGUGGUUUUUUUUUUAAACGAUUAUUAUAUUUCUUUCAAACAAACUCAUCACAAGCAAGCUGCAGCUCUUCCAGUCAUCAACAUGAAGCUAAUACGUCUACCCUAAAACCACCCCCCCCCCCCCCCACCACCUCUAAAACACCCACCCGAGACCUCAUGGGAUAUGCGUCGCUCUCAAUUUCACCAGGGUCCUCCACUCCACUAGGGGGCCCCCUACCUUCCCUCAACAGCCUUCUUUGCUUUGAUUUAAAAAAAACAAACAAACAAAAAAAAUCAGAAGAACAAAAGCUUUUCUUGUGGCAGUGGGUGUAUGAUACAAGAUCCGUUUUGCAUGAGCUGAUUUUUUUUUAAUCCAUUUUUACUUCAGCGCGAUUGAAGGACAGGGUGGCGAAGCAGGGGCCACAAGCACUUGAGUUAAUGGCACAUCACCAGCAGAAACUCUUUUACUACAGGUGUAAUAUACUGUAUCCAUAGGAGUAUAUAGAAAUACCUAUCUAUAUCGAUAUGUAUGUAUGUGUUCGUGUGUAUGUAUGUGUGUAUAUAUAACUGUGUGCAUGUGUGUGUGUGCGUGUGUGUGCGUGUGUGAAUUGUCACACACGCACACACUUUAUGUAUAAGUAUUAAAGUUGAAUAUUUGUGCUGUAAAUUAAACCUUACAUUUAUCAUGCUUCAUUUCCAUUUUAUUUGCGUUUAUGCUGCAUUAUUUUGCCCCCGCCUUCCCUGCCCAGUGGGAACGAGACAACUCCAUUCAGUAUUAAUUUGUCCUCUCAGCGGUACUUUCCGGACUGGCGUUGAAGCGCCACGUUUUGGCUCUGAGACUGAGGCCUCCUUUGGUUGCUUCCGUGGCUGAUGACGGUCCCGCGGAUGCGCCCCUGGUGCGGGUGCCAGGUUUUGUUCCGUAGCUACUGGGUGGUGAAGCAAGAGCUAUUUUCGUUCAGUGAGUAACGCUCCCGCACAGACGGGCCUGCCUGUCGCGUGCAGUGGGACUCGGCCCAGGGCCCGGCCCCGAGCCCCUGUGGACUCCCCUUGCAUCUUCACCAUCUUUUAUAUAUUGUAACCGUUCUGGAACCUCGUUGUGUCUGGUGUGGGUGGAGUCACGGGAGUGACGGAUUUUAAAAUAUGAACAGGAAUCAACCCUCAUUGGUCCAGAAUAAGCAUGAUGUUUUGGAGUUCUGAACAUGCGCCGUCGUUUCUAAACUUUUUAUACGUUUAUCGAACCGAAACCGAAAAUCUGUUAAGAUGAAUAGUCGCGAUUACACACGGAGUGCCUGUACCCCUCGUGUAAUCUGUGUACCUCGUGUUGAUGGGUUGGCUGGGGAGUCCAGCUGUCCCCUCUUCCAUCAGUGGGUCAAAUGUCAACGACAAACCCAGAUGGUGACGCCAGGGGAUGGUGUUCUGCUGGGUCCCAUAGCCCACUGGGUCACUACUCAUCCAGGAUUAGUCGGCACUUACGUACGAUUUCUAAACAAUCAGGAUGAGAAUUUUCAUUAUUUUAAGCAUGCCUGGUGAUGAUAGCGGAUAGUACUUUCUAGAAGGACGGGCGCUAAUGGGUUAGUUUUCCCAUUUUGAGAUUUUUGGCUUUUUUAUGCUGGGAAUGCAUUGAAAGGUUAUGGUCAUGUGACCGCAUGUGGAGUGUGUGCCAGGAGUUAGACUGAGUGUUGACACCAAUGUUGAAGAUGCUCACGUUUCACUAAGGUUUUACCACGUACCUGUUGCCAGCGUUUGUUCCUGGCCCUGUGUGUGUGUGUCUAUAUGUGUGUGUACGUGCGCACGUUUAUGUGUGUCGUGUGUGCAUGCAUUUGCGUGUGCACUGAAGUUUGGCAUUGCUCAGGGAAGCGGCGAUACUGACUUUGAGCCUGACCUUGCUGCAACAACAAGACUACAAGGUGGCGCUGUGGCGUGGAGCUGAACCCACCUGGGCUGCUCCCGGCUGUUCCCACGCACCAGGCCUCAGGGCCCCAUUUACAGUGAGGUGCUUAGGCCUCCACGUGUUCAUCCCGCUGAGUGCACAUCCGCUACGAGAUCCUGAUUUGUGGACAGGGCGUUGCAGCUGUUGGUCGUCGCUUGGUUUGGUGGGUUUUACCGUAGUGUCUUGGAGAGAUGGGGCAGUACAUCUCCUGGGGGGUGUUACUGCUUUUGCAAAUAAAAGUUCUAUGAAACUA